AGCCCCACCCUCUCCCCAUGAUGCAUGUUCCUCCACCUCCACCUCUCUCCCCCUCCCUCCCUGUCAUGGGCCAGAGCCCCUCUCUCUCUGCUCUGCUCUGCUCCGCUGCUACAAAAGACGGCAUCGUUUUCUGCCCCCCUCUCCUGCUUGUCCGGCUCCUUUCUCCCCCUCCAGUCCUGCCCCAUUCCAGCUGAGCCGGGAAGCUGGACACGCAUAGCUAUGCAGAGGAGGAAGCAUCACAUCUCGUGAUCCCCUCACAAAUCCACCAAGAACGGCAUUCUCCGAGCUGUCCCUCUUGCUGCUUCACCUACUCCUUUUGCAGUGUUUUCCUAGUUCCUACUAGCAGUCUCCAGUCUAGCACCGCACCAAGAACCAAGAAAUCCAGCAGAAGGGAUUGAUUCCAUCCUUUUUGCGCCUACUCUGUCCCAAUCUGCCACGCACAAGUUGCCGAGACAAGAACCGCUCUUGCAAGAUCUUGCCAUACUCCUCCAGCAAUUUGGCGCCAGCUAGGCUGCCAAUCUCGCGCCGGAGGUUGAGAUUUAGAGGCGGGAGAAGCCUAGUCUCCAGCGAUGGCGGCCGCGCUGGAGUGCUGGUCGGGCCGGCCGAGCACCGACGAGGAGUCCAUGGUGGAGCAGGUUCUCAUGAAGCCCCACGCCCGCUCGGACGGUUCGCUCCCCACCUGCGCUGACUCGGUCGGCGCGGGUGACCCGAUUUCGGGCCCGGCGGCGCCCAAGAAGUGGCAGCGCCUGGGCCGCAACUUCGCCGGCGCCAUCGCGGCAUUCAAGAACACGCUCAACCUGGACAACGGCGGCGUCCCCCGCGACCCCUCGCCGCGCGCCGGCGGCGAGAAGCCGCCGCUCCUCCUCCGCGGCCUCGCGCAGCUCUACUCCCGUGGCGCCGCAGCCCAGCAGCUGCCGGAGAAGCUCGUUUCUGACCUCCGCCGCCACUUCGAUGCUCUUCCCAACAGCUACGCACAGGCAGGAUUUGACAUGAAAGAUGUCCUCUUGCACGCCCGCCUUGUAGAGCAGGCGGCCGGUGAGGAUCAGCCUGCACUGAGCAUCGAGGAAGUUCAUGGCAGCAAUGGCAGAGAAAGUGGUGCCGAGGGCACUGUAUUUCAGCUCACCUUUGCCUGCAACGCCCCACUUUCAUGGCAGUCAAUGUCAGGCUCACUCGACAGCCCAUUGUUCAGUUGCAAGAAGAUCCAGAUCUUCGAGAAGAGAGGACUGACACUUGGUGUCGUCCUGAUAAUUGUGCAAUCCGGGAGCGAGGAGCUCUUCAAGAGCCGGGUCGAGGCCGCGCUAAAAUCGGCGACAAAGAAGCAUCGGAAGAACAGUGGAGGCGGCGGUGGCGGUGUGAAGCUCCCCUUCGGGCUCUGCGGCUGCCAGGAAGAAGGAUCGCGCAACUUCGACGAGGAGUCCAUGUUUGAUCCCGAGGAAGGCCAGGAUCUUGACAAUGAGCCUGCUCGCAGGCCAUACCUUCCCACUCCCCUACCACAAUCAUCAGUCUUUGUCUCAGUAGAUGAGUGGCAGACCGUCCGAUCCGGGGGCGAGGAGCUCGGCCGCUGGAUUGUGAGCUCCGAGGAGAUCGAAUUCGUCGACUGGGUUGGCCAAAACUCGUUCAGGGGAGUCCACAGAGGAAGGAAGGUUUGGGUUAACAAAAUGAGGGGUUGCAACAUGGGCAGUGCUUACGAUGUCGAGAUCCGUCAGGACUUGCUGCAACUGAUGAGCUGCGGUCAGAAGAACAUCCUCCAGUUCCAUGGCAUCUGCUUCAACGAGAGCCAUGGCCUCUGCAUAGUGACUAGGAUGAUGGAAGGGGGCUCGGUUCAUGACAUCAUUAUGCAGAGAAACAAGAGACUGUCGCUCCGGGACACGAUUAGGAUUGCUCUUGAUGUUGCUGAUGGCUUGGCGUUCAUGAACGGCUACGGCAUUGCGUACCGUGAUCUUAACGCACGAAGGAUCCUGCUAGACAGACAGGGAAAUGCCUGCCUUGGGGAUAUGGGCAUUGUUACCCCUUGUAAUAAUGCUGGCGAGGUUACUGAGUAUGAGACGUCUGGGUAUCGCUGGCUAGCUCCAGAGAUCAUUGCUGGAGAUCCAGAAAGCGUAUCGGAGACCUGCAUGAGCAACGUCUACAGCUACGGCAUGGUUCUGUGGGAGAUGGUGACCGGCGAGGAGGCCUACUCGACGUACUCGCCGGUGCAGGCGGCGGUGGGGAUCGCGGCGUGCGGGCUGAGGCCGGAGAUACCGAGGGACUGCCCGCCGUUCCUGAGGUCGCUGAUGAGCCGGUGCUGGGACAAUUGCCCUCUCAAACGCCCUCAGUUCUCGGAGAUCAUAUCCACCCUGCAAAAGCAGAGCCUGAGAUAGUUUUUUUCUCUUCUUCUUUCUUUUUCUUUCCUUUUUACCAUUAUAAAUCAUGCUAUAGUAGUAUAUGUGCUAUGUUUGGCUGAGUGCCCAGAGAUGCAGGAGACUGCAUAUGAGAUGAGAUGAGAUGAGAAAAAGUAUAAUAUAUGUGCAAAGGCUUGAUAUA